AUGGACAUAAGCGAUGCGUGUGAUCGAAUUAAGAAUGCAUCUCUUGAAGAUUGGACUGCAUACAGAUCUUGCCUGACUGAGACGUGUGAAUACCUGGCCUCGUGCCUCCAAAAGUCCUUAGUGAACAAACGGAGCAACAUUACUACCGCACCACAGGAUGGUAGGGUCCCUGGAAAUCACAGCGAAAUCAUCCGAACAUCAUCAGGGAUCACAGACUCAACUGCCGCGAGCAGCGUGCCAUCGGGCUUUAUCACAUCCAGCGAGCACCCUGCCCCUGCUAAACCUGCCAAACAAAAGCCCACUACUGCACCGAAGGUGAGCUCGUCAAUAUCACGGAAGCACAGGAUCCGGGAUAAUAUCUUGCGCAACGCUCGCAACCGUGAAAAAGCACUUGGAGAAAGCAACAUCUUUGAGAUCCUUUCGAAGCGAUUUCAGGAAUUUCGACCUGCACGCGCCGGCUUUGACAUAGCAUCACCAGGGCGGCAUAGCCCACAGAGAAUAGCUUUCUACCUCGACGGUUAUCUGGGAGCUAUGUACAUCGCGGAGAGAUAUCACACAUAUCGGAAAACGGAGUCGUCCCGUCAGGGCAAACGUCGCGGAAAACCCAAGCAUAUGUACAAGGAAUUUGCAGAAUCUGUGGGUAUUAAGGAUCCUAAACUCACCCAGCUGAUAGAACUGGGAAACAUAUGCCUGCAGUUGCGUCAGGAAGAUGCUGCACUUCUACUUUUUCCAAAUCUGCCCGGCACGAUGCGUCGACUGAGCAAGAACGACAUCUCAGAGCUUGCGCAGUUAGUCCGCAAUGACGAACGGAUCAACAGGGUGAUCAAGAAAUGGAAUGACUCUGUCAACGAAGCAUAUAUUUUAUACUCCAAGGUCGCCCGAGAUGUCUGGUCUCGUGACGUGGCUAGGGCGCUUCAGAUCCAGAAAAUUAUGGAAUCGAACCAGGCAGCGGAGACUACUUCGAGGAGGAACACCAGGAACAGAGCUAAGAAUUCUCGAGAAGAGCCGGCGCACAACGACAACGCUCUUUCUCACGAUACACCACUCUCAGAUCAGCUGGCUUUGAGCCCGCGUCUUGCUUCUCCAUCGUAUUUGCCCCCUCACCAGCACAAUACGGUCGAUCGGGCUGAAGGCCAGAACAGAGUCUCAGAAUGCAAUACUCACACUGAAAUGAACAUAUUACUCAAGACUGCUCGCCGUCAGGAGAAUUCAUUGGAGUUUGAAGGGGAGAAGCGUUCAGUCACGACAAUGGAAGCCAACCCUGAACGCUCAUGCAAGCGUCGUCGUGUGGAUGACGAGGUGCCCGUGGAGGUUGUCGAAGCACUCGGAACGCUUGCGCCCAUUACACCCAUUACGUUCUCUGACGGUGAGGAACGAUAUUUGGGAGAUCUUGCUGGCAAUCGAGAUGAACUUGGGCCGACUGAGCAGGAGCUCAUGGCGGAUGAAUCUUGCCGCGGAAACAACGUCCCUGCGAACCCCAUAGCCUUUGCAAAUGAAUGUGGAAGCUCAGGCAUGUCUUUGACUGAAAAUUCCAAUACAAGAUCUUCCAACGUUCCCCCUGGUCGAGUUGCAAUCAAUAUAACGGAGGAAUCUGUCGACAAAACUACUCUACCUGAGCGACCGAAUGGCAUACCUUCUCGAGUGGAUGAGGAAGCACAUCGAAAUAAAAAUCCACUUCCAACAGAGUCGGUUGAGCCUUUCAAUAUUCAUGGUCCAGAGGCCGAGGCCGGGGAACAGAUAGCCGAAACAUCACGGACCUCCUCAAAUGAAACAACCAUCAAUAGACGCGAUUCUGAGCCUGGAGAGGGGUCAUGUAAACGGUGUCAUGUGGAUAAUGCCUACGUGGACACCCCCACUGAAGGUGAAGAUUUCGUCCUUAAAAUACUUCCUGACUCCCUAAUUCCGGGUAAUGGCGCCCCAGAUCAGUCUACGGAUUUCGGCCGUUGGCUAGAUUACCUUGAGAAAACCAACAUUACAGAUAUGCACCUUGGUAACGACGAGUUUUGGCCGCAAGAGUCUGAACACGAUAUUCAAGAUUUAAACAUUGGUGACUGGCUCGAUCUGGGGGAUGGUUUUCCAAAUCCGCGUCAGUAGGUACUAUGAUUGAAUUUUUUUCAACCACAUCAUCAUCAAGCAGAUCAAGAUAUCACAGCAGCCUCAGUCAGUUCUUUUCCGCAUUUACUAUACUC